AUUAAAGAUUUAGCUACUGGAAAUGUGUCGGUAAGGGAUGCAGAUUUCAUUCUUCACGAUGGUCCCCCUUAUGCAAACGGUCCCAUCCAUUUUGGGCACGCACUGAAUAAGAUUCUCAAGGAUUUUGUGGUUAGGCGUCAAAAAGUAUGUGGGAAGUCCGUCUCCUUUAUUCCUGGUUGGGACUGUCACGGUCUACCCAUAGAAUUGGCAGCUGUGGGAAGCAAUCUGUCACUAUCCCCCAUGUCAGUUAGGAUGGCCUCUUUGGAGCGUGCGACUCGUUGCAUGACUGAUCAGCUGGUCGCAUUCAGAGAGCUAAACAUUCUCGCUGAUUGGAAUAGGCCUUACUCCACUCUGGAUCCAUGCUAUCAAGCAACCGUAAUGCGCGCAUUCUAUGAUCUUUAUGCCAGCGAUUUCAUUGUGCGGGAACACAAACCGGUGUAUUGGUCCAGAACUACUCGAUCUGCCAUCUCCGACUCUGAGCUUGAAUAUAACCCUGAACACCAGAGUCCUUCCCUAUACUUUCUUGCAGAGUUAUUGAUUCAGCCCACAUGGAUUCCAACUCAAUAUCGGAAGUAUCCCACCAAUGUUGUCGUUUGGACCACCACUCCGUGGACAAUCGUGGCCAAUGAAGCGAUAAUCUUUCAUCCCUCAGAUGAGUAUUCUGUUCUUCUUGACAAGGAGACUGAGAGAAAUCUAAUUGUGGCGAGUCACUUUGUGAACGUGCUGUGCAAACUGCUCGGUUGUGGUCCAACACGAUUUGAACUAAUCACAUCUCUACGCGGUGAGUGUUUCGAGAGUUACGCCUACGAACCUCCUCUUGGCAGGAGAUGGGGUUAUAAUCAUCAUGGCAACCGUCGGUGCCACCGUUAUCGUCUCAUUCCAGGCGACUUCCUUGAGCAUGACAAGGGUACAGGUUUUGUACACUGCGCGCCGGCUCACGGGAAGGAAGAUUUCGAUUUUGCUCGACGCCACGGUCUCCCUCUUAGAGCCCUGGUGGAUGAGGAAACUAAAUUCACACAAGAAGCUGGCACCGAUCUGGCCGGAAUGCUAGUGCAAGACGAGGGCAACUCGGCAGUGAUAGAUCUCCUGGGCGACCGAGUUCUUGUUCUGGACACCAUUCAACACAGCUACCCCUAUGAGUGGCGCACCAAGCAACCGGUCAUCACGCGUCUUUCCGAGCAGUGGUUCAUCAACACGGACAAGCUGGAGGGUCCUGCUAAGGCAGCCUAUGCCGACGUGAAUGUCUUUCCUCCCGAACGCAAGUCACUGAUGCAGAGCUUUAUCGAGAAGCGACCCUUUUGGUGUAUCUCACGUCAACGUAACUGGGGCAUACCAAUUCCUGUCCUUUUCCACAAGCCCCACCACAAUCGAGCCCUUGUUGAUGGAGCCUUCAUCAAAGCUGUGGCAGAACGUGUUUCAAGGGAGGGCAGCGACUUCUGGUGGAACUCGGCAAUACCAAACUCCCAACUCAUUCCGCCUGGAUGUUUGGAAAAGGUGUGUUCCCUUUCUCCCUCGCAGGUAUUUUGGUCGCUGAAGAUCGGGAUUGAGACUAUAAACGUUUCAAUAAGACAUUUCGUAAUGCCGGUCUCCACAUUUAAGAGGUCGACAGGCUUCAUGAAAACCUACUUUUAUUUGAAUGUUUUUGCGUCCUUUGUCGUUGAUCGCGAAUUCCUUCAUUUAGUGCUUGGUCAGUGCUUGCUUAAACAUCAUUUCAUUUGGACUGCUGUGGCUCUUUCCUCCCAGUGGAACCUCACUGCUUGUGCCGCUGAUACCGAGUUGAUUCGAGGGACGGACAUUUUCGAUGUGUGGUUCGAAUCGGGACUCUCGUGGCUAGCUGUAUUACCGAAAGAUCGUGUAGCCGAUGUCUGCGUAGAGGGUUUGGAUCAAUUUCGUGGGUGGUUCUCCUCUUCCCUUCUCCUCUCUGUUGCACUAACCAAAAUGGCGCCUUUCAAGAGUCUUGUAGUGCACGGCUUUACGACAGACUCAGAGGGGCGAAAGAUGUCAAAGUCCCUGGGUAAUGUUCUCUCACCUCAAGAGGUGCUUCGUGCAACUAACGGGUGUACCGAUGUCCUCCGGCGGUGGACUGCUGCUUCAGGGCUAGGCAUGCGCUCUACUGUCAGCAUUAAUGCCUUCAAAGCUCACACUAUCGCCUAUAAGAAGCUGCGCAACUUAUUUCGAUUUAUUCUGGGCAACGUGCACGACCUCUUGGCCAAAGAGGGUCGUGUAACGGCACCAAUUUUGAAGGAUUCUUCAUCAGUCUUGGUCCCAAUAGAGCAGCUUUCUCUGCUCGACAAGUGGUAUCUCUGUAUUGUCGGAAACUUCUGUGUCAACUGUUUUGAGAUCUACUACCCACAGCACCGCUACGAAAGCCUCAUUGCGGAUUGUGAUCAGCUGGUCUCCCGCAUCUCUUCUACGUACUUCAAUGCCGUGAAGGAUAUUCUUUACUGCGACGCAUCGGACAGUGCUGAUCGUAGAGCCAUCCAACAUAUCCUUAUUCUCACAGCUGAAGCCCUUCGUCACUGCCUCAGCCCCAUCUUGCCCGAUCUCAUGGAAGAGGUGAAUGUCGCUCUCGGUCCCCCACUCGAUACGACCCCUGAACUAUCGAAACUACUUCAUCAAGCAGCCGUGGAGUGGUCACGCGACUAUGCUCACUUACCAGAAGCAGUGGCUAGGGCCUGCGCCCUCAGGCAGUCGAUUGCUGCCAGGCAGCGCACUGAGGUUGAUGGUAAAGAAACUAAGCUCUGGCCUGGGCCUACUUCGAAUCCUCUUGCUCGGUUGCACAUUAUUCUAGAUGAGAAGAGAACCGAUAGCAAGGAUUUUGAGGAUCUGAAGCUUCUCAAUGGGAGAGUAGAUGUGGAAAGCACAUCGGCUCUGUGUAGAAUCUUACGCUGUGCUUCAGUGCGCUUUGGUAGCACAUCAGAACGCACCAACUGCAUCGAGUUGAAUCUGGACAACGUAGGUGAAGCAGUUCACGGGGAAGAAACGGAGCUGGAGGCAGGGGUUGAUUCACAUCACCUCACUUGCCUCCUGCGUGUGGCGCACGACUCCACACAAUGCCCGCGCUGCCGUCGCUAUUGCUCUGCUAAUAAGGCGCUGUGUACCCGAUGUGCGCCGUUAGUGUCGGAAGUGCAGCACGAGGUUUCGUGCUGA